AUGUCCUGCUCUCUAGGAAGAAGACAGAAUGUCGAAAUAUUACAUUACUGGUGGAAGACUGGGGCCCAGGAUUCCAAUGUGCUCCAGAACAGCUCCAGAAUCACCAUCACCUCCAACCUCCAGUCCAGCUCUCUCCUUAUCUCCUCUGUCACAGCCAGGGACAGUGGGCUGUAUGUGUGUGAAAUAGUGGUAGACAAAACAUCUUUACUUUAUACCUACACUGGGAAUGGGUCACACCUCCUGGUCACAGGUAAAAUUGCCAUGUUAUAUACUUUAUAUAUUUAGCCAUGUAGUUGAAAACAUAUUGAAAACUUAGUGAGAUUUUUUUCUUUUUUUUUUUUUAAUACAUUCAGAAAUAGUUAUUUUUUUAGUUACAUAUUACAUAGACAAAGAGUACAUGUUUUUGCUAUAUGAUUCCCAACAAACAUAGGUAAAUUUAUAGUAAAAUAAUAAAAACAUAAAAGGUCAAGUGCCUAGUGAUAAAAAAAAAUAUUUAUAAAACAUUACAUAGUUACAUAGUUACAUAGCCGAAAAGAGACUUACGUCCAUCAAGUUCAGCCUUCCUCAAAUAUGUUUUUGCAGUUGGUCCAAAAGAAGGUAAAAAAAAACCCAGUCUGAAACUCUUCCAAUUUUGCAACAAACUAGGAAGAAUUUCCUUUUUGACCCCAAAAUAGCAGUCAGAUUUAUCCUUGGAUCAAGCAGCUAUUAUCCCACUAAUUAGAAAUUAUAUCCCUGUAUGUUAUGUUUUUGCAAGUAUUUAUCCAAUUGCAGUUUAAACAUCUGUAUGGACUGAUAAAACCACCUCUUCAGGUAAAGAAUUCCAUAUCCUUAUUGCUCUUACUGUAAAAAAAACUUGACUUUGCCUUAGAUGAAAUCUCCUUUCUUCCAGCCUAAAUGUGUGACCUUGUGUCCUAUGUAUAGCCCUGUUUAUGAAUAGAUUUGCAGAUAACGGUUUGUACUGGCCCCGAAUAUAUUUGUACUGCUCCCAGUGACCCUGUAAUAACAUAAUAUUUACUGCUCCCAGUGACCCUGUAAUAACAUAAUAUUUACUGCUCCCAGUGACCCUGCAAUAACAUAAUAUUUACUGCUCCCAGUGACCCUGUAAUAACAUAAUAUUUACUGCUCUCAGUGACCAUGUAAUACCAUAAUAUGUACUGCUCCCAGUGACCCUGUAAUAACAUAAUAUGUACUGCUCCCAGUGACCCCUGUAAUAACAUAAUAUGUACUGCUCUCAGUGACCAUGUAAUAACAUAAUAUUUACUGCUCCCAGUGACCCUGUAAUAACAUAAUAUUUACUGCUCCCAGUGACCCUGUAAUAACAUAAUAUUUACUGUUCCCAGUGACCCCUGUAAUAACAUAUUUACUGCUCCCUAGUGACCCUGUAAUAAUGUAAUAUUUACAGCUCCCAGUGACCAUGUAAUAACAUAAUAUUUACUGCUCCCAGUGACCCUGUAAUAACAUAAUAUUUACUGCUCCCAGUGACCAUGUAAUAAUAUAUUUACUGCUCUCAGUGACCAUGUAGUAACAUAAUAUUUACUGCUCCCAGUGACCCUGUAAUAAUAUAUUUACUGCUCCCAGUGACCCUGUAAUAAUAUAUUUACUGCUCCCAGUGACCAUGUAAUAACAUAAUAUUUACUGCUCCCAGUGACCCCUGUAAUAACAUAAUAUAUACUGCUCACAGUGACCCCUGUAAUAACAUAAUAUUUACUGCUCCCAGUGACCAUGUAAUAACAUAAUAUGUACUGCUCCCAGUGACUCUGUAAUAACAUAAUAUUUACUGCUCCCAGUGACCCUGUAAUAACAUAAUAUUUACUGCUCCCAGUGACCAUGUAAUAACAUAAUAUUUACUGCUCCCAGUGACCCUGUAAUAACAUAAUAUUUACUGCUCCCAGUGACCAUGUAAUAACAUAAUAUUUACUGCUCCCAGUGACCCCUGUAAUAACAUAAUAUUACUGCUCCCAGUGACCCUGUAAUAACAUAAUAUUUACUGCUCCCAGUGACCCCUGUAAUAACAUAAUAUUACUGCUCCCAGUGACCCUGUAAUAACAUAAUAUGUACUGCUCCCAGGGACCCUGUAAUAACAUAAUAUUUACUGCUCCCAGUGACCCUGUAAUAACAUAAUAUUUACUGCUCCCAGUGACCCUGUAAUAACAUAAUAUGUACUGCUCCCAGUGACCCUGUAAUAACAUAAUAUUUACUGCUCCCAGUGACCAUGUAAUAACAUAAUAUUUACUGCUCCCAGUGACCCCUGUAAUAACAUAAUAUUACUGCUCCCAGUGACCCUGUAAUAACAUAAUAUUUACUGCUCCCAGUGACCCUGUAAUAACAUAAUAUUUACUGCUCCCAGUAACCAUGUAAUAACAUAAUAUGUACUGUAAUAACAUAAUAUUACUGCUCCCAGUGACCCUGUAAUAACAUAAUAUUUACUGCUCCCAGUGACUGUAAUAACAUAAUAUUUACUGCUCCCAGUGACUCUGUAAUAACAUAAUAUUUACUGCUCCCAGUGACUCUGUAAUAACAUAAUAUUUACUGCUCCCAGUGACCCUGUAAUAACAUAAUAUGUACUGCUCCCAGUGACCAUGUAAUAACAUAAUAUUUACUGCUCCCAGUGACUCUGUAAUAACAUAAUAUUUACUGCUCCCAGUGACCCAGUAAUAACAUAAUAUUUACUGCUCCCAGUGACCCUGUAAUAACAUAAUAUUUACUGCUCCCAGUGACCCUGUAAUAACAUAAUAUUUACUGCUCCCAGUGACCCUGUAAUAACAUAAUAUUUACUGCUCCCAGUGACCCUGUAAUAACAUAAUAUUUACUGCUCCCAGUGACCCUGUAAUAACAUAAUAUUUACUGCUCCCAGUGACCCUGUAAUAACAUAAUAUUUACUGCUCCCAGUGACCCUGUAAUAACAUAAUAUGUACUGCUCCCAGGGACCCUGUAAUAACAUAAUAUUUACUGCUCCCAGUGACCCUGUAAUAACAUAAUAUUUACUGCUCCCUAGUGACCCUGUAAUAACAUAACAUUUACUGCUCCCAGUGACCAUGUAAUAACAUAAUAUUUACUGCUCCCAGGGACCCUGUAAUAACAUAAUAUUUACUGCUCCCAGUGACCAUGUAAUAACAUAAUAUUUACUGCUCCCAGUGACCCCUGUAAUAACAUAAUAUUACUGCUCCCAGUGACCCUGUAAUAACAUAAUAUUUACUGAUCCCUAGUGACCCUGUAAUAACAUAAUAUUUACUGAUCCCUAGUGACCCUGUAAUAACAUAAUAUUUACUGCUCCCAGUGACCAUGUAAUAACAUAAUAUGUACUGCUCCCAGGGACCCUGUAAUAACAUAAUAUUUACUGCUCCCAGUGACCCUGUAAUAACAUAAUAUUUACUGCUCCCUAGUGACCCUGUAAUAACAUAAUAUUUACUGCUCCAAGUGACCCUGUAAUAACAUACUAUUUACUGCUCCCAGUGACUGUAAUAACAUAAUAUUUACUGCUCCCAGUGACUCUGUAAUAACAUAAUAUUUACUGCUCCCAGUGACUCUGUAAUAACAUAAUAUUUACUGCUCCCAGUGACUGUAAUAAUAUAAUAUUUACUGCUCCCAGUGACCAUGUAAUAACAUAAUAUUUACUGCUCCCAGUGACUCUGUAAUAACAUAAUAUUUACUGCUCCCAGUGACCCUGUAAUAACAUAAUAUGUACUGCUCCCAGUGACCCUGUAAUAACCUAAUAUUUACUGCUCCCAGUGACCCUGUAAUAACAUAAUAUGUACUGCUCCCAGUGACCCUGUAAUAACAUAAUAUGUACUGCUCCCAGUGACCAUGUAAUAACAUAAUAUGUACUGCACCCAGUGACCCUGUAAUAACAUAAUAUUUACUGCUCCCAGUGACCCUGUAAUAACAUAAUAUUUACUGCUCCCAGUGACCCUGUAAUAACAUAAUAUUACUGCUCCCAGUGACCCUGUAAUAACAUAAUAUUUACUGCUCUCAGUAACCCUGUAAUAACAUAAUAUUUACUGCUCCCAGUGACCCUGUAAUAACAUAAUAUUUACUGCUCCCAGUAACCAUGUAAUAACAUAAUAUGUACUGCUCCCAGGGACCCUGUAAUAACAUAAUAUUUACUGCUCCCAGUGACCCUGUAAUAACAUAAUAUUUACUGCUCCCAGUGACCCUGUAAUAACAUAAUAUGUACUGCUCCCAGGGACCCUGUAAUAACAUAAUAUUUACUGCUCCCAGUGACCCUGUAAUAACAUAAUAUUUACAGCUCCCAGUGACCCUGUAAUAACAUAAUAUAUACUGCUCCCAGUGACCCUGUAAUAACAUAAUAUUUACUGCUCCCAGUGACCCUGUAAUAACAUAAUAUUUACUGCUCCCUAGUGACCCUGUAAUAACAUAACAUUUACUGCUCCCAGUGACCAUGUAAUAACAUAAUAUUUACUGCUCCCAGUGACCCAGUAAUAACAUAAUAUUUACUGCUCUCAGUGACCCCUGUAAUAACAUAAUAUUUACUGCUCCCAGUGACCCUGUUAUAAAUAUAUAAUAUUUACUGCUCCUAGUGACCCUAAGUAAUAACAUAAUAUUUACUGCUCCUAGACUUGUAAUAACAUAAUAUUUACUGCUCCUAGUGACCCCUGUACAAUAUAAUAUUUACUGCUCCUAGCACCCUGUAAUAACAUAAUAUUUUACUUCCCAGUGACCCUGUAAUAAAUAUAAUAUUUACUGCUCCUAGUGACUCUGUAAUAAAUAAUAUUUACUGCUCCUAGUGACCCUGUAAUAACAUAAGCAUAUGUACUGCUCCCAGUGACCCUGUAAUAACAUAAUAUUUACUGCUCUCAGUGACCCUGUAAUAAUAUAAUAUUUACUGCUCAGUGACUUCCUAGUAAUAACAUAAUACAUUGCUCCUGUGCUUUUAAUCUCUGUAACAUAAUAUUUACUGCUCCCAGUGACCCUGUAAUAACAUAAUAUUUACUGCUCCCAGUGACCCAGUAAUAACAUAAUAUUUACUGCUCCCAGUGACCGUGUAAUAACAUAAUAUUUACUGCUCCCAGUGACCCUGUAAUAACAUAAUAUGUACUGCUCCCAGUGACCAUGUAAUAACAUAAUAUUUACUGCUCCCAGUGACCAUGUAAUAACAUAAUAUGUACUGCUCCCAGUGACCAUGUAAUAACAUAAUAUGUACUGCUCCCAGUGACUCUGUAAUAACAUAAUAUUUACUGCUCCCAGUGACCCUGUAAUAACAUAAUAUUUACUGCUCCCAGUGACCAUGUAAUAACAUAAUAUUUACUGCUCCCAGUGACCAUGUAAUAACAUAAUAUUUACUGCUCCCAGUGACCAUGUAAUAACAUAAUAUUUACUGCUCCCUGUGACCCUGUAAUAACAUAAUAUUUACUGCUCCCAGUGACCCUGUAAUAACAUAAUAUUUACUGCUCCCAGUGACUCUGUAAUAACAUAAUAUGUACUGCUCCCAGUGACCCUGUAAUAACAUAAUAUUUACUGCUCCCAGUAACCCUGUAAUAACAUAAUAUGUACUGCUCCCAGUGACCCUGUAAUAACAUAAUAUUUACUGCUCCCAGUGACCCUGUAAUAACAUAAUAUUUACUGCUCCCAGUAACCCUGUAAUAACAUAAUAUGUACUGCUCCCAGUGACCCUGUAAUAACAUAAUAUUUACUGCUCCCAGUGACUCUGUAAUAACAUAAUAUGUACUGCUCCCAGUGACUCUGUAAUAACAUAAUAUUUACUGCUCCCAGUGACUCUGUAAUAACAUAAUAUGUACUGCUCCCAGUGACUCUGUAAUAACAUAAUAUUUACUGCUCCCAGUGACCAUGUAAUAACAUAAUAUUUACUGCUCCCAGUGACCAUGUAAUAACAUAAUAUUUACAGCUCCCAGUGACCAUGUAAUAACAUAAUAUUUACUGCUCCCAGUGACCCUGUAAUAACAUAAUAUUACUGCUCCCAGUGACCCUGUAAUAACAUAAUAUUUACUGCUCCCAGUGACCAUGUAAUAACAUAAUAUGUACUGCACCCAGUGACCCUGUAAUAACAUAAUAUUUACUGCUCCCAGUGACCCUGUAAUAACAUAAUAUGUACUGCUCCCAGUGACCCUGUAAUAACAUAAUAUAUACUGCUCCCAGUGACCCUGUAAUAACAUAAUAUUUACUGCUCCCAGUGACCCUGUAAUAACAUAAUAUUUACUGCUCUCAGUGACCAUGUAAUAACAUAAUAUUUACUGCUCCCAGGGACCCUGUAAUAACAUAAUAUGUACUGCUCCCCAAUGACCCCUGUAAUAACAUAAUAUGUACUGCUCCCAGUGACUCUGUAAUAACAUAAUAUUUACUGCUCCCAGUGACCCUGUAAUAACAUAAUAUUUACUGCUCCCAGUGACCCUGUAAUAACAUAAUAUUUACAGCUCCCAGUGACCAUGUAAUAACAUAAUAUGUACUGCUCACAGUGACCCCUGUAAUAACAUAAUAUUUACUGCUCUCAGUGACCAUGUAAUAACAUAAUAUUUACUGCUCCCAGUGACCCUGUAAUAACAUAAUAUUUACUGCUCCAGUGACCCUGUAAUAACAUAAUAUUUACUGCUCCCAGUGACCCUGUAAUAACAUAAUAUUUACUGCUCCCAGUGACCCUGUAAUAACAUAAUAUUUACUGCUCCCAGUGACCCUGUAAUAACAUAAUAUUACUGCUCCCAGUGACCAUGUAAUAACAUAAUAUUUACUGCUCCCAGUGACCCUGUAAUAACAUAAUAUAUACUGCUCCCAGUGACCCUGUAAUAACAUAAUAUUUACUGCUCCCAGUGACCCUGUAAUAACAUAAUAUAUACUGCUCCCAGUGACCCUGUAAUAACAUAAUAUAUACUGCUCCCAGUGACCCUGUAAUAACAUAAUAUUUACUGCUCCCAGUGACCCUGUAAUAACAUAAUAUUUACUGCUCCCAGUGACCCUGUAAUAACAUAAUAUUUACUGCUCCCAGUGACCCUGUAAUAACAUAAUAUGUACUGCUCCCAGUGACCCUGUAAUAACAUAAUAUUUACUGCUCCCAGUGACCCUGUAAUAACAUAAUAUUUACUGCUCCCAGUGACCCUGUAAUAACAUAAUAUUUACUGCUCCCAGUGACUCUGUAAUAACAUAAUAUUUACUGCUCCCAGUGACCCUGUAAUAACAUAAUAUGUACUGCUCCCAGUGACCCUGUAAUAACAUAAUAUAUACUGCUCCCAGUGACCCUGUAAUAACAUAAUAUUUACUGCUCCCAGUGACCCUGUAAUAACAUAAUAUUUACUGCUCCCAGUGACCCUGUAAUAACAUAAUAUUUACUGCUCCCAGUGACCAUGUAAUAACAUAAUAUUUACUGCUCCCAGUGACCCUGUAAUAUCAUCAUAUUUACUGCUCUCAGUGACCCUGUAAUAACAUAAUAUGUACUGCUCCCCACUGACCCUGUAAUAACAUAAUAUUUACUGCUCUCAGUGACCCUGUAAUAAAAUAAUAUUUACCAAUCCACAGUGACCCAUGUAAUAACAUAAUAUUGAAACAAAGAACAUAGAAACAUAGAAUGUGACGGCAGAUAAGAACCAUUCGGCCCAUCUAGUCUGUCCAAUUUUCUAAAUACUUUCAUUAGUCCCUGGUCUUAUCUUAUAGUUAGGAUAGCCUCAUGCCUAUCCCACGCAUGCCUAAACUCCUUUACUGUGUUAACCUCUACCACUUCAGCUGGAAGGCUAUUCCAUGCAGCCACUACCCUCUCAGUAAAGUCAGUCCCUACAUUGGCUUCCUGUAAGAUAUAGGGCUCAAUUUAAAAUUCUGGUUCUUGCUUUCAAAUCUCUACAUAAUGCUGCUCCCACCUAUCUAUCCUCCCUUAUACACAAGUAUGUUCCGUCUAGGCCCUUACUAUCGAAGACUUACGUCUAUCUUCUGUCCGUACUCCCACCUCUGAUGCUCGCCUUCAAGAUUUCUCGAGGGCUGCACUGUUCCUGUGGAACUCUCUUCCCUCCGCCGUUGCUCACCCAGUCUCCACUGCUUCAAAAAAAUCAUUAAAAACCCACUUCUUCAUAAAAGCGUAUCAAUUAAACUGUUAAUAGCUCCAGACUGAUUCCCCUUAUGCAACUGUCACUAGUCUAAUACUAUCCUUACCUUUUUUUGUGUCAUUUUACCCCACUCCCUCUAGCAUGUAAGCUCAUUGAGCAGGGCCCUCAACCCCUCUGUUCCUGUGUGUCCAACUUGUCUGGUUACAACUACAUGUCUGUUCGUCCACCCAUUGUAAAGCGCUGCAGAAUUUGAUGGCGCUAUAUAAAUUACUGCUCUCAUUGACCCAUGUAAUAACAUACUAUUACUGCUCUUCAGUGACCCUGUAACAACAUAUUUACUGCUCUCCAGUGACCCUGUAAUAACAUAUUUUACUGCUCCCUAGUGACCCCUGUAAUAUCCCUGUGGAUUGAGGAGGAGAAAGCGCUCCUGAUCUGUGAAGCUCAGAGAUUUUAUCCUCAGAAUUUGACCAUUUUGUGGAGUUUUUCCCUGAUGGAAACCCAGAGUUGGGACAAUGUCACAGAGAAUGAGGACCGCACGUACACCAAGAGGUCCACUGUGAAGAUAACAUCGAGAAUGUGGGGUCAGAGUGUGACCUGCUGCCUGGAGCACCGCUCACUCACUGCCCCACUCAGUAAGAGCCUGAAUCUCUAUGGUAAGUCAUUGAAAUAUGUUGUCAAAAGCAUCUAAUGUAUGGGUUCAAAUGUCUAUUAAUUUAUUAAACAUCCCAAAUCCUUUUCCUUAAAUAAACUCCUUGGAUUUCAUAUUUUGUAAUAUUCACAUAGCACAUCAAAUUCCUUCUAUGUUUGGUGUGUGUUUGUAGAUGAACAUUGGUACAUCUAUAAUAGACAUAUGCAGUAUAACAUACAUUGUUACACAUAUAAUAGACACAUACAGUACAGUUAUAGAUACAUUGAUACACAUAUAAUAGACAUAGAGCAGUUAUAGAUAGUGUUACACAUAUAAUUAAAUACAGUCCAGUUAUAAAUAUUGUUUUACAGAUAUACUAGAGAUGUACAGUUAGAUCUAUUGUUACACAUCACAUACAGUAGUUAUAGAUACAUUGUUACAUAUAACAGACAUGUAUAGUAUAAUUAUAUACACAUUGUUACACAUAUAAAUAUAUAACAUACAGUAAUAGAUACAUUGUUAUAUAUGUAUAUAUAUAUAUAUAUAUAUAUAUUUGUGUUAAGGGCUCAUGAUAGUACAGAAGAUACAAACAUUGAUAAGUAUGGGAUAGUGUGAAAGAGCAAGUCGGUUGUGGUGUGCCGGAACCGACGAUGAGGUAGGCCUGUAAAUAAAGAGGGCCCACCAAUAAGAAAUGUAUGAGAAAAGGAGUUAAUAAAAGAGGAGUGGGUGGGAGGGUGAUGCGGCGCUGACCUCGAACGGUAUGGAGCCAGGUAAGGGGUGUCCCUUAAGUAGGGAGAAGGUGAGUCAUACGCCCCUCCCACAAUUACAGGCCAAAAGGCCUUAAUACUUGUGUUAAGGGCUCAUGAUAGUACAGAAGAUACCAACACUGAUAAGUAUGGGAUAGUGUGAAAGAGCAAGUCGGUUGUGGUGUGCCGGAACCGACGAUGAGGUAGGCCUGUAAAUAAAGAGGGCAAAAAGUAGAAAAUAUACUUUAUUACGAAACGAGCAGUAUACAUACUUCAACCAGACAUAUCUUGAAAGGCAUUUCUAAUUUCUUGUACUGGGUUAGGUAUGUAUCUAGAGUAUGCAGAAGACUUCCAGCGCCCUAGUGAUUUGAUAACAUGUACUGGAAUGUUUGCACUGGACGCUGUGGAGGCCGCCCCUAUGCGGAAGGAGUGGCCCGAAUAGUUAGCUGAUUUUAGGCCUAGUUGUGUAAGUAGGGACCUGACGUGGGUCAUGAAGGUGGUGGUAGUGAGUACCGAACCUUGUAGACAGAAAAGUGGUUGAGAUGGUGAUGCUUUGAAAUGCUGAGUAUAGGUGUCCAGUAAUGUGACGGGGCACCACACGUUGUGGGUAGGAUAGUAUCUAACCUCUACCGGGGGUGCGUGUUGAUUGGUUUUGGAGUGAUGCAGAGCUAAAAUAUAGUAAUCCAUGUGUUUUGUUAAGUGUGAAUGAAGCAGAAUGUGAGUGGACUGGGAUGUGUUGAUGGCGGUAAAUUCUCUUGGUCUCAAGAAACCAUAAAAGCUACGUAUAUGGCGGUUUUUAUAACAAGGUUUGUGUUGUUCGCAAAGGGUUUUGAAUCUAGUAGGCUGGAUAAAUCCUUGAAGAUAUUGAAGUCUAUAGGUAGCCUUUGCACGGUACGUGGGGGUUCGGAUCUCUGGAUACCUCUAAGGAUGUUUUUGAUCUGGUAGGAGGACAUGAAACUUGUGUUGUUUGGUUGUAAUGUUAGCAUGUGAUGUUGUAUGCCUGUCAGAUAUAGCUUGAUUGUGUUGUAAGAUAAUUUAAGUUUGAGGUGGCAAAAGAAGCAAAACCUAACAAAGAUGUCAUGAUGAAAGGUUGUGUGAUGUUGUGCAGUGACAGGAAUCUUUUAAAUAGAAGGAAAGCCCUGUCAUAUGUUCUCCGGGUAUUGGUGGACAGUGCUAAUUGUGCCAAUGUCCUGCUAUGUUGCAUAAUAGCUUCUAGUCCAUGACUAGCUGGUGGAAAGGUGGAGGGGUCGUGGCUGUACGUGCGGCUGACGGAAGUAUUUGCCGAAAAGCCUGAAAAUUGAAACGAGACAAAUUGUCAGCAGCCGUGUUACAAACACCUGGGACAUGGACACAAAACAAGAAGAAAUUGUGGCAUGCAGCUAGCCAGGUGAGUUUCCUCAAGAACCUCAUAAUGGUCAGUGACUUGGAUCGGCCUUUGUUUAUGAUGUGGCAGGUAGCUUGGUUGUCUGAGUGGCAACGUACUGACGAACCUGCCCAUAGAUGCCCCCAUGUCACGGCAGCUGCCACAAUGGGAUACAUCUCAAAUAGAGCUGAGGUAGUGGAAAAACCUUCGAGGUCCUGUACCUCUGGAGGCCAGCUACCCCAAAGCCAUUCAUUCCCGUAAAUUGCUGCAAAAACCUGUGGUAGACGCCGCGUCUGACCAGAUGGUAGGUGAGGAGUCAGACAAUUUAGGGAGAAACAUGCUUUUCCCAUUCCAGGUGGUCAAAAAGUUUCUCCACAUAAGUAGGUCUGCCGUGGCUUGGGUAUCCAGUGGUAACCUGUGUGCAUCAUGUCUAAACAGUGGGAACAUGGUUAGAAGCCGUGAGAUGAAAGCCCGGCCUUGAGGUAUAAUGCGCAUGGCAAAGUUCAGUGACCCAAGUAGAGACUGCAAUUCUUUGCGAUUGCAAGUACCGAGGGGUAUGUAGAGGUUAAUGUUGGUGAGAAUGUUCUCUAUCUUGGUGCGUGGCAGGCUGGCUUGCAUGGUGGCUGAGUCUAGCAUGAUUCCCAGAAAGGUGAUGACUGUAUCUGGUCCUUCAGUUUUGGUGGGGGAGACUGGAACACCCACCUGUUUAAAAAGACUGAUGGUUUCUAUGAGGCUACUGGGAGGGGAAGUGUUCUCUUCGAUCAGUAAGAAAUCAUCCAGGUAGUGUAUAACUGUAGGGCAUCUGGCUACAUUUAAUAAUAACCAGCAUAAUGUUUCGGCGAAUACGUCAAAAAUGGCCGGACUACUUUUUGAACCAAACGUUAGGCGUGAGAAAAAGUAGUAGUGCCCGGCCCACUUAAUGCCAUGCAGGUGCCAUAGUGUAGGGUGGAUAGGCAAUAAUUUGAAGGCAUUUGUAAUGUCAGUCUUGCUGAGCCAUGCUCCGACCCCUGCCUGCAUGAUAGCUGUAAUGGCGUGAUCUAUGGUGGAGUAUUGAAGUGAAAAUUCCUCAGAGGGGAUAAGGGAGUUCAGACUAGGUGAGGCAGAGGUGUGAGGUGCAGACAGAUCGAUGAUAAGUCUUUGUUUGUGGGAAGAUUUCCCUGUGACAAUACCGAUGGGGUUUGUCCGCCAUGUGGAAAAAGGAGAGGACUGAAAGGGUCCCAAUAGGAAGCCCUCUGCCACUUCUUUGGCUAUGAGUGUGCUAACCGCUGUAGGGUUUUGUUGUGCAGAUUGUAAAUUAGGACAUUCAAGGAUUCCUGAAGGCAUGUGUAUGAGACCAGUAUGGAAUCCUUGUGAUAGACCAGUGAUGAUGAAGUCUACCAAAUGUCUGGAUGGAUGUCGUGACAGUAAUGCCGUGAGUACAGAAAUAUUUAUCUCGGUUAAGUAUUGCUUAGGGUACAUUUUAUUUGGACACAUGGUUUUCGCAUGUGCCCUAAAACAUUUUGAACAUAUAUGCAAUAACCGACAACCGCUGUAAUUACAUGCACCGACAUUGAAAUUAUUACAUAUUUGGGACUUCCCCAAAAACUUGAUAGGUCGACCCAGUUUGUCUUUGGGUGUUCUCUCUGCUGACACAGCGGAGCUAGUGCCCUGCGAGGUGGUAGGUUCGUUCGCAGUGGUCGGACAAAAAUUGGCAGUAUGAGCCAUGGAGGAGCAGUGUGCACAGGCCGGUGCUCUUAGACCUGCAAAGUGCCUGCAAAAAAUGAUCGUAUCAAUCUUACUCCAGUUGGACCUUGUCCCGUACUGUGAGAAGGCGCCAGACACUUUGGCAGAAAAGGAUCUAUGGUAGUCAUAGAAAGCUGACCCACCAUAUUUGUUGCCCAGAUCAACCAGCCUGUGUAUAUAUAAGUCAAACUCCUCACGUCUGUGGGGAUAUACCGUACAGACCACAUCCCGAUAAAUGCCAAAAGCUAAUACAAAUUCUGGAAUGGUUAGCUUCCUAUUUAAUCGUGCAUCCCUAGAUUUGACCACCACAGAAAUAUCGCCAUAAGCGUAGGUCUUAUGUUCCACUAUAUCCUGGGAGGCAAUUAGUAGUGAGGCCAGAUUGACAUCUUUACCUUCCAGGAUAUCUCUCCUGAGGUGCUCAGGAAUCAUGUGGGCAGGGUAAACUUCUUGGUCAUCCGAGGUGAUAGCUGGAGAAACUGAUUGCAACUCCACCACUGAUGGGGGAAUUGCCGUGGCCGGUCCAGCCAUAGUGAGGGCUGUAGUGACCGAUUCAAGUUUCUCCAGCCUAGAAUUGACCUUGCUCAUGGAUGUCAUGAGGGACGUGAGCAUGUCAUGUAUGUUCCCUGGGUGGGACUGGCUCGACCCUUCCCCAGCGUCCGUGUUAUCGGUUGAGGUGUGUAAUAAUCUGUAAAGUUCCGCUUUCCUUGCUGUUGCUGGAAAAGGGAUUUGUCGUCUCCUGAGUUCGCUAGUGAUACGAGGGAUAGUCCAUGAUCUGAAAGAUGCUGGACUAGCCGUAUCUUCCUCCUGUGAUGGGGUGUUGGUUCUAGCCGGAGUCCUUGGGAUGGAGAAAUCCUCUACCCCUUCUUGCGACAUACUAGAUUACAAAGUAUAUGGUUAGCGUAAAAACCCCCGAGGGGAUGUACUGGCAGGCUAAUUAUGCCGGAUGAGGCGAAAAAUUAAACUUGUUCUUUGGUGACAGGUGAGGCCCUGCUAGUUGCCAAGUGGCUAUGAGAGGCUCUAUCUAUGCGUUGGCGCGAGGGGUUAUUGAGGCCACCCGACGUAGUGGCAGGAAUUCGUAGGCCUCUCGGUGACAAUACAAGAAAACAGGGGAAGGGAGUGACAGGUGGCACCCUCUCUAUAAUGCGAGGCGGCUAACUCACGUGUGGCCCGGGGGGCAUUACCUCCGAAACGUUGAGGCGGGGUGUUGGCCUCGCGGACCACUAAACGAUAGGCAGAAUGCCUGGAGGGGGGAUACCUAUUUGGGCCUAUAACCCCUGAAAUUGCCAGUACUCUAUGUCCUAAGUAGAGGAGGAACCAUAUGUGAUGUAUGGCGUGAGCAGGCUUAACGUACCUGGUAGUAUGUAUGCGUUUGAUAAGCGAUAGGUAGAGAAAACUGGAAAAACCUAAAGGGAUAGAAAAACCAAAUAUGAUAGUGUGAGAAUUGGAUCCUAUGAUACCAAUUUAGACUAGUUAGUUGUGGUGAGUUCUAGUAGUACAUAUGGAAUGGGAAUAUAUGAAUGAUAUUGGCCCGACUGGCCCUGUCUGUGGUAUGGUAAUCAUGCUUGGGGGUGUGUAUGAUAUGUCUCUAUGGUGACCAGAUUUAAUAGUAAUGCUAGUGUUUGUAGUAUAAUAAGGUGCAGGAUUUAAAACAAUACCGUAUAUGUUAGGCCGUAAACGUAAGCCAUGAAAAGAGGUAAGUACGAGGUACAGAAAUAUUUGAGAAGUUAUCCCAAUUAGGAAACAACGUGAUGUAUGAGUGGUUGAAUCAAGACGUGUGAUUCAACCCGAAAGUUUGUGAGAUUUAUGAGACCGUGUUCUUGUGUACUUGGUAUGUCGUUUGAGUACACAAAGAAAAAGUCAGAAUAUAUAAGUGCCAUGUAAGAAACGUGAGUACAUGGUAUGAUAGAAACGUAAUUUCUAAACAUAAUUUUUAACGUAAAUCCUACAAAAGAUAUCUGUGAAAUGUAAAAGCUUGUCUAAGCUUAACUCCAUAAAUAAAUGUAUAUAACAUGAAGAAUUUCAAUAAAACUUUAAUGAUACCAUAUCUGCUAAAAGAUUAAACCAUAACCUAAAUAAACACUUAUUCAUGAGUAGUUAACAGGGGUAUUGCCCCAGUCAUGCAAGGAUUUUGUAAUUUGCAUAAAAUAAUUAACAGUAAUAACAUAAAACCAAUUAUAGCUGAUGAUAUGCAUAACAAGUUUGCUUAAUACAAGAAAAACCGAACCGAUAUGCCUGCCGGCAGCAAAGGGGUUAAUAUGCCUGUGACUUGGCCGUAAAGCGUGUGGCCGUAAAGUAAGGCCGUUUAAAAUCGCGACGCCGUGGGAAAUGAUCCGGGCGACGGACUUACGAUUUUGAAGUCCUGUGGACUUAAUCUGCGACGAAAACACCGGGUAUGUGCGCGGCUGAACGGGCGGAAAACCUGUAAGGAUUCCUGGACACAGCUACACCAAACGAAAACCGCGGGUUUUGAAAAGCAAGAUGGCGCCGUACGUGAACCGGAAGUGGAUUCUCGAUGCGGCGCUGACCUCGAACGGUAUGGAGCCAGGUAAGGGGUGUCCCUUAAGUAGGGAGAAGGUGAGUCAUACGCCCCUCCCACAAUUACAGGCCAAAAGGCCUUAAUACAUAUAUAUACAGUAUAGUUAUACACAAUGUUUUACACAUACAAUCAGGGCCGGGCUGGCCCACCGGAAUACCGGGAAAUUUCCCGGUGGGCCGUCGGCACCUGGGGCCUGGCAGACACCUGGGUCUGCUGGCGGCCGCUGGGGAGGUCUUCUGGGGACUUGUCCUGGCGGCCGCUGGGGGAGCUGUGCUGGCUCUGCUCUCCCGCCCUCGCGCGCUGCUGAAUGAGACCGGCGCCGGAAUAUGACGUCAUAUUCCGGCGCUGGUCUCAUUCAGCAGCGCAUGAGGGCGGGAGAGCAGAGCCAGCGCAGCUCCCCCAGCGGCCGCCAGGACAAGUCCCCAGAAGACCUCCCCCUGGCAGGUAUUAGUAAUCUGUCUGUCUGUCAUUGUGUAAAUGAAGUGUGUGUGUGUGUUUCUGUGUCUGUCAUGGUGUAAAUGUGUGUUUAAAAAUAGUGUUUUUGCUCACCACUUUUUUUUUUUUUUUUACGCAGCAUGCUGGUCUCCCCUCGACUGGCCCUGCCUCUAUAGCUGAGAUCAUCAAGCUUGGUGAUCUCAGCCAAUCCAAUGUAUCUCUAUGGGGAACGUUCAGCACCUACAGAGUGUGGAGGCCCUGAAUGUAGGUGCACUAACACAGGAAGCACCUCUAGUGACUGUCACUAGCAGUGUCACUUUGAAGCAAUGUAAACACUGACUUUUCUCUGAAAAGUCAGUGUUUACGUUGAAAAGCCUGUAGGGACAUGCCACCACAUUAAGCUGUGUGUGUGAGUCUGCUAGUGAGUGAGCUUGUGUUUUUAUGUCAAUAAGCUGAUGUAUAUCCGUAAGAUUGUUUGUCUAUGAGGCUGUGUGUCGUUGAGAUGUCAGUGAAAUUGCCUGUGUCUGCAUGUGAGUAUGCUUACUGUAUAAUUAAACGUUUUACCCUGAAAGGACCAAUAUUUUAUAUUAGAAAGAGAGAUAGAUAGAUAUAUAUAUUCUCUCUCAAUCAUCUGUCCUGGCAAGACAUAGCCUUACAUAUUACAUGCGAUAAUAUCUGGCACAAUUUUUUUUUAUUUUAUUUUUUUCAGGGCUGCUUUGGAUCCCCAGUCUAGCCCUGCAUACAAUUGGAGACAUAUACAGUACAGUUAUAGAUAAAUUGUUACACAUAUAAAGGACACAUACAGUACAGUUUUAGAUACAUUGUUACAGUUAUAGUAGACAUACACAAUUCAGUUAUAGAUGCAUUGUUACACUGUGUGUGUGUUGUAUAUUUGCCGUGAGGCAAACAAGGCAUUUGCCUUUGGCGGCACUUUCAAGGGAGCAGCAAGAAACUCCGUCCCCAAAUGCCUUGUAAGCCUCAGGGCAGGCAGCAAGUUGAAGUUCAGGCGGGCGGAGAGGGAGCGCUGAUUUGUGAGCUCUCCCUGCUCUGCUUCCGCACGCUGCACAGUGAUGCUGGGAGCCGGAAUAUGACGUCACAUUCCUGUUCCCAGCAUCACUCUGUGGCACCUCUGGACUUCAACUGGCUGCCUGCCCAAACAACCCAGCCAGCAGCCCCACUGGACCCCAAAGGUAGGGAAGCUGGGUGAAUUAAAAAUAAAAUAAAUAAUAAUCUGUGAGUGGUUGUUACGGUACCUCCAGUAAUUAAAUGCACAAACCGCUGUUUAGUGAAUGGUCCCCGUUCGCAAUACUGUGGUCUGGUAGCGUAGACAGUGAAACCAUGCGAACCGCCAGCUAGGGAACACUCCAAACUCCCGAACGGUACCUGUAAGGCUCUUUCCCUUCUCGAGCUCCAAAUGCACGAAUCGCUAAUAGCAGCCGAACGGCAAUAGUUUCCAAGCGGCAAAUAAUUCCAAUAAGCAGUCUCUAGGCACCGGUAAUAAAAUCCCCCCCAAUAACGAGACCAAGCUCCGCUUUGAGGGUAAAACACGAACUGAUUUACUGUGGGCUACCUGCCCGGUAUUUAUGCAGGUCUCCCACUUGGUGGACACUCCCCUAGGGGACCAAAUGGGAGACUGGAAUACCCCACAAUAUUCCCAGCAUGCAUCACAGUUUCCUCCCCUCUGCUCGGGAGAUAACUGGGAAGUAAUUCAAUUAUCUCCCCGAGCAGAGGCAAAUCGCCAUUUUAACUCAAAGUUAUAAAACACAUUAAAAUACAUAACUUUCUAAUUGCCGAACAUAUUGUAUUCGUGUAACACAUCCCCAGAUAGCCUGGAUCUGAGUGCAUAUUAUUGGCGAAUAGCGCUCAGAUCCCAUGCGCAUAGUUCAAUCGCCAUGGAGUCAAAGUCUAUUACAGUUCUUCGGUAUGCGAUUGACUCCAUGGGAAGGCUAUCUGGGCUAAGUCCAUUCGUGUUGUUUAAAACUCGAACGCCAGCAUUCGCAUGCUUUGUCGCAUUGAGAAGGGGAGACGACGCCUAGCGCCGUGUUCAGCCGGUGCGUCCGCCAGUUCCAUGAAUUAACCGUCAACACCGCUGGUCUUUCGUGCAUGGUUUAAAAUGGCCACCGCGGGUCGACAUACCAAUCCAUCUACCUCACCCGGUGACGUUUUAAUUGAGAAGGCCCGUGGUUAACCCAACGCUCUAAUUGGGAUCAAUAGGUUAACCAGCAGCAAAUACUCUUCCGGUGGCCGUCCGCUCGGUAGUUCCGCUCUAAUAAAAAAAGGAUAUUCCCUAAACAAAGCAUACUAAUGGGGAAUUCAUGCAAUUGGCAAUACAGACUAAUACAGUGGCCUUUAGUCCAUACAGAUGGGUCUGUCACAGUGGGGGGGUUCUGUCAAUGCGUGUCUCUGAGUGUGUCUGUGAGGGAGCGUGUGUCUUUUAGGGUGAUUGUUUGUGUCUGUCAGUGUCAAAUCUGUGUGUGUGUAUGUCAGUGUGUUUGUCAGUCAAAGUUUGUGUUAGUCUUUGACAGGACGAGGUGUGGCCUUAACAGGAAGGGUUGGGACAAUUUAAAUUGGGGGGGCGGGUGUAGGGGAGGUGCCCAAGUUCCGUCAUGCCUAGGGCAGCACAGAUCCAGUAUAAACCACUAAUUAGAUCCGUGUGUAUCUAUUCUGAUGCUGCCUAUGAGAGGUGGAAACGUUGUCUGGGGUCGCUGUAUCUCUCUCUUGUUAGGGAUAUCAUUGAAUACACUGUAUGAUUAAUAAUGAUGUCUCUGGUUUAUCACAGGCUCGGUGACGUCUCUUUACCAUCAGUUGUUUCCGGUGCGAGUUCUGAUGACUCUGAUUCUCAUAUUAAGUCCGUUAAUCUGCCAGUUGUAUAUUCACUUCGCCAAAUGA